CACUUUGCUGCUCGUCGCAGCAAGCAAUCCUCUCGCAAGCUCCGCCAAUGGCCGUCCCUCUACGCUCUAUAAUCUAUUGCUUACUUUCUUCGCCUCCCUCCUCCUCGAACUCAGAAAUUCACGCUCCUCCCUCAUGGAUGACGAACCAACCAUUUGACUUUUCAUCAACAAGAACCCUUUUUCAGUCCCAAAAUAUUCCUUCUGAUCCCCCACUUUCUCUUCCCCUUUCGUGCUCUUCAAGAACAUACACCGUUCACACAACUUUCCAUUACUUUUCUCGUCCUCUUCGUGUACCACACGUGAACUGAAUCGUAUUUUCCCCAUUCACGGGUUUGAUUUCUUCUUCCGCUAUUAAAUUCCCCGCGAUAACUAGCAAUUUUUUUAUGUGCUUCUGAUUUACCGAGGGAUUCAUUCCAAAUUCGGCGAUUCUAGAAGAUCUCUGCUACUUACUUAACUUGAUGUCAUCGGAUUUCAAGUUGGAAAUAGUCGGGGAGGAACCAGUUAUAAGCGUUAGAAAUGGAAACGUUGCGCAGAGUGAAGGAGCUGGCACAGUACACAAAAUUCUCAGCGGCAUUCGAAAUCAAGGAAGCAAGUCCAUUAGCAAUUUCUUAACGAAUGCACAGCGCAGGGCCUUGGGUAACAGKUUUUUCAGAGGGAGCCGAAUUGCCAAGAGUGGAAGUUUCAGUGGUUUGUUUGAUGGAGAUGAAACACGUGAACAUGGAUUAGGAAGAAAAAUUAGCCCUCUUUUAGCRGGGACUGCGUACUGCAUUUCUUCUUGCAGCAUGAUUUUGUUGAAUAAAGUUGUUCUCUCAAGUUACAAUUUCAAUGCAGGAAUAUCGUUGAUGUUUUACCAAAAUUUGAUUAGUUCUAUAGUUAUUGUUCUAUUGGGCCUCUGCAGAACAGUUUCAGUGGAAAAGCUUAAUUGGAAGCUGAUUAGGCUGUGGAUUCCAGUCAACUUAAUUUUUAUUGGCAUGCUGGUGUCUGGCAUGUACAGUUUGAAAUACAUAAAUAUUGCAAUGGUGACAAUUUUGAAGAAUGUCACAAACAUAAUGACUGCAAUUGGAGAACUUUAUAUUUUCCAGAAACGUCAGAACCAAAAAGUUUGGACUGCUAUGUUCUUAAUGAUCAUCUCUGCCAUCAGUGGCGGUAUAACAGAUCUUACAUUUGAUACAUUAGGCUAUGGAUGGCAGAUCACAAACUGUGUUUUUACAGCAAGCUAUUCACUUACUAUGAGACGUAUAAUGGACGAAGCAAAGAAGCUAACAAGAUCUGGAUCUCUUAAUGAAGCUUCCAUGGUGCUGCUGAACAAUUUAUUAUCUCUGCCUUUUGGUGGAGUAUUGAUUUUCUUAUUUGGUGAAUGGGCUUAUGUAGUAAAUGCGGAUGUCAUAAAAUUGCCAAUGUUUUGGGUUGUCGCAACUGCGAGUGGAAUACUUGGACUCGCUAUUAGUUUCACCUCUAUGUGGUUCUUAUAUCAAACUGGUCCCACCACCUACAGCCUGGUAGGUUCCUUGAACAAGAUUCCCAUAUCAAUUGCUGGAAUUCUUGUGUUUAAAGUUCCACUGAGUCUCCCAAACCUAUUCAGUAUAUUAUUUGGUUUAUUUGCUGGGGUGUUCUUCGCCAGAGCCAAAAUGUCAUCGUGAAAACGAAAAGCCAGGCACGUAAUUUGUUGUUAAUUACAAGUUGUUGAAACUGAAACUAAUUCAGCAUGCAAAAGGGCAUCAGUUUCAGUGAGUUAAUUGUCUGUAUUCUUCUCAAAAUUUGUAAAUUCCAGUAAAAAGAAAAAGUAAAGAAACAGAAAAGAUAAUGGAGACCCAUAUUUAAUUUUUUCUAUUUGCCUUUUUGGUACAACGGUUACCUUUGACUCUUAAUCAUAACGACUC